AGACGAGUGCGUGUUCUUAAUUUAUUAGGAGAAAAAUCUUAUUUUGAUAACUUUUUAAAAUUAUUAUUAUUAAUUUUUUAAAAUAAACCUCUCAUCAUUCCAUUUUAAAACGCGGUGGGUCCUCAUUUAGCCACGUGGCACGUUGUCAUUAGUAAAUCGGAAGAACUGAGAGAAGCUGUUCCUAUACAAACGCAGCGUCAAAGCGCCCUUAUGUUCGUAGUCUGUUGUAUUCAUCUCGCUCUUUGGAAACUUUCGGGUUGUUUUCUAUCGGAUCCGUGAUGGAAGAGGUUCACCUGCAAACAGCACCAGCAGAUUUCCGAUUUCCUAGCACAAAUCAGACCAGACACUGUUUCACCCGCUACAUUGAGUUUCACCGGUGCUUGGCAGCAAAGGGGGAAGAGUCUGGUGACUGUGAAAAAUUUGCCAAAUACUAUCGGUCCCUUUGUCCAGUUGAAUGGAUUGAGAAAUGGAAUGAGCAGAGGGAGAAUGGCACUUUCCCAGGUCCUCUUUGAACUUGAUCAUCACACGUGAUGGUCCCCCUAUCUCUUGCAAAUUCUGUUUAGUUUUUUCAAUUUCUAGCUACAUGCUUCUUGUUGGAGCCUAAUGAAUAAGCGAGGCACAGGAGGACUAUUUCAACUCUCUCUUGCAUGUGCUCAAGUUCCUGAAGAACUUAAACAAGGUUUCUUAUGUUUUGGAUAUUCCAAUUUAUGAUUGUCUUUUCAGCA